AUGCAAAACGUUAUUGUUGAUAGAGAAAUUAUUUUAGAUAACGAUAUGGAUACUUCAUCUGACUAUUAUAUGGAAGAUGACGAGCAGGAGGAAAUGGAAAAUGAGCAUUUCAAUUUGAGUGAAGAAUGGAUGGAGAAAAUAAGGCGAUUUGGGGACGACUUUCUAUCAUGUGUACGUAAAUAUAUGGAAGUGGAUAGUAAAUGUCGUUGA